AUGAACAUAGAAAACAGCAUUCUCCUGUCAAAUCUGAUGAAAAGCACAAGCACAUCUGAAUUAAAAUAUGACUUUUCAUGUGAACUGUACCGGAUAUCCACGUUUUCGACGUUCCCCGCUGGAGUCCCCAUCUCAGAAAGGAGUCUUGCCCGUGCUGGGUUUUAUUACACUGGUAUCAAUGACAAGGUCAAAUGCUUCUGCUGCGGUCUGAUGCUGGACAACUGGAAACAAGGAGACAAUGCUAUAGAAAAGCAUAAAAAGCUGUAUCCUAGCUGUAGCUUUAUUCAGAAUCUCCUUUCAGUGACCAGUCUGGGUUCUACCUCUCUGUCCACUCUUUCUUCUUCAGUAGCAAACUCCACACACUCAUUGCCACCAAGUAUGGAAAACAGUGGCUAUUUCAGCGGCUCUUAUUCAAGCUUUCCAUCUAGUCCUGUAAACUCCAGUGCAAACUCACCUUUUUCUGCCUUGAGGAGAAAGCCCUACAACUGUGCAAUGUACACAGAAAAGGCCCGAUUACUUACAUUCCAUAUGUGGCCAUUGACCUUCCUGUCUCCAGCAGAUCUGGCAAAAGCAGGCUUUUACUACAUAGGACCUGGAGACAGAGUGGCUUGCUUUGCUUGUGGUGGGAAAUUAAGCAACUGGGAGCGGAAGGACAAUGCAAUGGCAGAACACCUGAGACACUUUCCCAGCUGUCCGUUUUUAGGAAAUCAGCUUCAAGAAACUUUGAGAUACACGGUUUCCAAUCUGAGCAUGCAGACACAGGCAGCUCGAUUUAGAACCUUCUCCAGCUGGCCGCCGAGUGUUCCGGUCCAUCCCGAGGAGCUGGCAAGCGCUGGCUUUUAUUACAUGGGUCAUAGUGAUGAUGUCAAAUGCUUCUGCUGUGACGGUGGCCUGAGGUGUUGGGAAUCCGGAGAUGAUCCAUGGGUGGAACACGCCAAGUGGUUUCCAAGGUGUGAGUACUUGAUGAGAGUUAAAGGCCAAGAGUUUAUAAAUAGAGUUCAAGCCAGUUACCCUCACCUCCUUGAACAGCUCUUAUCCACUUCAGAUACUCCAGAAGAUGAAAAUGCAGAGUUGCCAAUUAUUCACUUUGGACCUGGAGAAAGUCAUUCAGAAGAUGCUGUUAUGAUGAAUACACCAGUGGUGAAGGCUGCCUUGGAGAUGGGCUUUGGCAGAAGGCUGGUCGAGCAGACAGUUCAGAGUAAAAUCCUAACUGCUGGGGAGAAUUAUAAAACUGUGAGUGAUCUGGUAUUAGAUUUACUCAAUGCAGAAGAUGAGAUAAGAGAAGAGGAGAAAGAAAGAGCAGCUGAGGAGAAAGAAUCAGAUGAUCUGUCAUUAAUCCGGAAGAACAGAAUGGCACUGUUUCAGCAUUUGACUUGUGUGCUUCCAAUCCUGGAUAGUCUACUGAUUUCCAGAGUAAUUAAUGAACAAGAGCAUGAUGUGAUUAAACAGAAAACACAAAUACCUUUACAAGCAAGAGAACUGAUUGAUACCAUUCUAGUAAAAGGAAAUAAUGCAGCCACUGUAUUCAGAAAAUCUCUGCAAGAAAAUGAUCCCAUGUUAUAUAAGAAUUUAUUUGUGCAACAGGACAUAAAGUAUAUUCCUACAGAAGACGUUUCAGAUUUACCAGUGGAAGAACAGUUGAGGAGAUUACAAGAAGAAAGAACAUGUAAAGUGUGUAUGGACAAGGAAGUGUCCAUAGUGUUUAUUCCUUGUGGUCAUCUGGUGGUGUGCAAGGAGUGUGCGCCUUCCCUAAGAAAAUGCCCUAUUUGUAGAGGUACAAUCAAGGGUACAGUGCGUACAUUUCUUUCAUGA